GUACGCGUCUAUUCCCCGUUUCGCCAAGUUUUGCUGUUAAGAAUGAAUUAUACAUUUUAGCACCGGCUGGACAAAGCCUUGCCAUUCCAAAACACUCCAAACCGGGUUAACCAGCCGUGACAUGUGUCGACCUACGCUAGGUGGAUGUCACAAGUGAGUGACAGCUCCACAACAAUCUGUUUCCGAAGAGCUGGACUUUUGAUUUACGGUGAGAGAACACAAGUGGAUAAAAUAACGUAAUACGUCCUGUAACUUAGAGAAUGGACUUUCGCGGCAGGAGGCAUGAGCGAGGCAGCAACUGGACCGACCCGGAGAUAGUGGAGCUGCUCCAGCUGUGGUCCGAUGAGUCGGUCCAGAUUGAACUGGAGAGCUCAUUGCGCAACCAGCGUGUGUUUGACCGCAUAGCCCACAUCUUGCGUGAAAAGGGCAUCUAUCGCACAGGUGACCAGUGUAGAGAGAAGAUUAAAAAAAUGAAGCUAGAGUACCGGCGCAUCAAGGACAACCACAAAAUGAGGUCUUGGAAGUUUUAUGAUGUGAUGGACAGAGUGCUGGCGAACCGACCGGCCAUCACCUACUCCUCCCUGGGCGGAGCUGUCAUAGCACAACAGGUGUUUCAGAGCCCGGGUGGACCCGAUGCAUACCUGCAAGGAGUUCCACCUGGCGCCUUUGGUCCUGCUUCCUCAGGUGGGUUUCUCUUUGGUCAGCCUCCAAAAACGGGAGAUCCUCUGGAUAUAAAAUGUGAAGAUGUUGAAGAGAGCAUGCUGAACUCGAGUGUUGCACCCCCUGAGAUGUACUAUGGAUCUGCAGAUGAGCAGGAGACGGAUGGGCAAUCUCUACUGGGCCCAGACGACACACUUGGUCGAGGAGAGAGCUCAAUAAAUGCAAGAAUCUCACCUUCAGGUUUUAGUGAACUGAACAUUGCUGGCUCUGCCACAGCUGCCACCCAUGCGGUUGGUGGUCCUGGGCCUCUUGACACACCUGAGCCACCUGGUAAGGAGGGUUCUCACCCCUCAACUUCUGCGAGACAGAGGAAGCGUCGCAGGGGUGGGAAAUCAUCAUGGAGCCACGGAGGUGCUAGAUGUGGCAGCCAAGGGAGCCUGGAUAAAGCCCUGGCCAGCUUCCUGAACUGGCAGCAGUCAGCAGAGGAGCGCCUCCUCUCCCUGGAGGAGGCGCGGCUGGAGAGAGAGUUUCAGGCGGAGGAGCGAAGGGAACAGAGGGAGGAGAGGAGGGCGGAACAGGAGCGCCAGCAUGAGCUCCGCCUGUUCAGCAUGCUCACGGGGGCAUUGGCUGCUGUCGGACAGGCUGCUCCGACCACUGUGACAACACCGACUGACCCGUGUGCUUCACCCCAAGCUCAUCUGUCAGCUUCCCUGAUCACCGCCGUCGCCCCCUCCGUCUCAUCAUCGUUAUCUCAGCCGCCCUCAGAAGCUCCCACGGCACAGGCUGUUUCCACUCAAGAGACAACAACAAUGUCAACACCGCCUACAUCUGACAAGGCCUGCAAAAUGUCUCAGAAUGUUUUGGCAACGCUGAAAGGUACAGAAACUCCCGGCCGUAGCGUGUACCUGUCGAAUCGCGGUAACAGCAUCCGACAGCAUCAAGGCAUUCUCCAGGAAGGCUAUGCCCAAUAUGGAAUGAACAAACACCAUGACACAGACAACCCUGAUGGUGUCAUCAACAUGGGAACCAGUGAGAACAAACUCUGCUAUGAUCUUCUUCACAAACGGCUGACCAAGCCUGACAUGCUCCAUAUUGACCCAUCCUUGUUGCAGUAUUCAGACUGGAGGGGGCACACAUUCCUGAGAGAAGCGGUUGCAAAGUUCCUGACUCACUACUGCUGUUCUCCAAACCCACUCAAAGCUGACAAUGUUGUGGUGAUGAAUGGCUGUGGCUCCCUCUUCUCGUGUAUUGCUGCAGUAAUUUGUGACCCUAAAGAUGCCAUUCUUAUUCCUACUCCUUUCUACGGUGUGAUCACUGAAGAUCUGCAUUUGUAUAGUGAUGUUAAACUCUUCCAUGUUCCUCUGGACUGUGAGGCUGAUAGCAAAGACAGUCGACCCUUCCACCUCACUGUAGGGAAACUAGAAGAAGGUCUGAAAAUGGCUAAGCAAGAGGGGUUGACUAUCCGAGCUGUUAUACUGAUGAACCCUCACAACCCUCUGGCUGAGAUCUACACGCCGGAGGAGAUGAUUGCCUUCUUGGAAUUUGCCAAAAGGAAUGAGCUCCAUGCCAUUGUAGAUGAAGUGUACAUGCUGACGGUCUUUGAUAAAUCUGUCACCUUUCACAGUGUCCUCAGUGUAGACAGUUUGCCCGACCCACAGAGGACGCAUGUAAUGUGGGGGAUGAGCAAGGACUUUGCAAUGUCAGGACUCAGAAUAGGCACUCUGUAUACUGAGAAUAGAGACCUCGUGGAGGCUUUGGCCCAGCUGGGCUCCUUCCAUGGUGUCCCUGGAACCACGCAGCACCAGGUAGCACAACUGCUUCAGGACAGAGAGUGGAUCAGUGAGGAAUUUUUGCCUGAGAACAGAGGCCGACUGAAAGCUGCUCACAGUUUCCUGACAGGAGAGCUGCAGAGCAUGGGCAUCCCCUAUCUGGACAGGCCUGCUGCGCUGUACGUCUGGGCUGACCUGAGGAAGUACCUCAGAGAGUCGUCGUUUGAGGAGGAGUUGUCUCUGUGGAGGAGUUUCCUCAGACACAAGGUGGUGUUGAGCUGUGGCCAGGCCUUCUCCUGCUCCACACCUGGCUGGUUCCGCAUCGUCUUCGCAGACCAACAGCACCACCUUCAGCUCGGCCUGAAGCGAAUCGGGGAGGCGUUGAAGGAAAUUGAGGAGAAAGGUGCCAGCCCUGAUUCACACUCCAUCAAAGAAGCCAGUGAGGAGAGCAAAAAGUCAGUGAAAGAGGACAGUGCAGAUCCAGACAAUACUGCGACUGUUAAUUCAACAUCAUCACCCCAGAGCAAGUCAUCAGACCAGCUGAAGGAGAAGGAUAGCCCUGUUCCUGACACAGGCUCGUUGACCACUGAGGAGUUUGUUUUGCUGGGCUGCCAAGCAUCGAAACCCGCAGAGGGUCUGGACUCUCUGAUUGGUACUCUCAGGCAUCAAAUCCGCUCUUCUGAUUGGCUGGAGAAAAACACUCCGGAGCUGUCUGCCGGAGAGGACCCAGAGAUUCUUGAUGUAUUCAAGGCCCUGCUGCAAAGAGCCAGAAAGUAAGCUUAGGAUAAACAGCCACGAAUGUAGCUGCCAAAUUUCAAGAGGCAGUACUUAAGCAUCCCUCUCGCUCCCUGCCUUUUAUGGUGAAAAGCCUGAUACAAACACCUGACACAAGGUCAAAUCUGAUGCCUGUUUUUGAGGAGUGAAGAGGAAACAUUCACCGCAAGCCAGCUAAAGAGGAAACAAGAAGCAAAAAGCAUCGCAGGCAAGGCCAGGAUGGAAGAACAGGGCAGAGUACUUUUCGAUCUGCAUCUUGAGGCCUUAGUUUUAAGCUGCUGUGGGAGACUGCCUUGCCUUUUUGUAACCCAGAGUCAAAAGAUUUAUGUUUGUUUACUCAAAUUGUCAAAGUGAAUGCCAAAUGUAAGUCAACCAAAAGCAGUCACAUUCUAUUCUCAAACUUUUGAAAUCUCUUAAUCUGAAUUAAACAUUUUUAUUAUUUUAAUCAUAUGCACUUUAUUUUAUCAGAAUGUAUUGUACUUCCUGUAAAGUUAAUGAUGGGUAAAUA